UUUUCUCAGCUCUGGAUGGAAACUGCAAUGUUUUUUGAGCUGGCUGCAGUAUGGCUCGAACAUUCCCAUCCCUAAUGCAACUGACUCGGCAUAGAUGAAGAGUUUGUGUCUUGAAGAAGCCUUUUCCUUCCCUUCCUGAGGAAAGGUUCUUCAAAGUGGGAACUCUUCUUGUGUCCUGGUAGCUGCCAGGUAGUUCCCUUCCUGUGGAGCUCAGUAACCAUGGUGCCAUCAAAAAAAGAGAAAGAGCAGAGCAUAAUCCUGAUCAGCGAUGAUGAAGCUGAGAGCACGCUUGGGAAUUCAGUUCUGUUAGUAGACUCCCUGGAGAAGUCUGCCCUGGGAGAGGAGAAAUCUGCAGAAGUUGUGGAUGAGGAAUGUGAACUCAUGGUUACUUUCUGUAAACAAGCAAAAGUGAUGCCUCAUGCAAGAUAUGACUGUACAAUGCACCCAUUUGAGCGAAUGGAGUGUGAUACCUGCUCACCCCUUGGAAAAAAUGCUGAUAUUUGUAAUCAGUGCUACUGCUACAUUUGUGAUAAACUAGCUUCUGAGUGCCAGAAUUGGACAACCCCUUCCCUCUGUCACUGCAAUGCACACAACAAAAGCAAAUUCUGGAAGGAACAGCGUGACUUUGCCUUGGCUGGUGUUCUUGUAAUGUUCAAUUUGGAGCUCACAGAUAUAGACACAGACCUUCGGCAUGGUGGAAGUCUUCUAAUAAAAUUUAUGCAGGAACUUUCUGUGGAAUAUAGUAAGUACCUGAUUGGACAAAGAAUGCCUCCCACAAAACAUGAAUGCUUCUGCCUCCCAAAAUUUCCACCUGGGCAAUGCAAUACCUGCAGAUCACGCAACAUGGAGACUGUGUACAAGUAUUCUGGAGUUUUUGAGAUGGUGACAAAAUUUUUAAAUGAGGCAGAGAGAGAGAGUCCUAAAGCUGCUGCUGUCAUGUUACUGGGAGCAGCUAAAGAGAUAGCGCUUCAUAAAGACCCUGCUUUAAGCUGGCAGAACCUUGGUCAUACUGAUUCAUUAAAGAUUGCUGUCCCUUGUCUGCUGCAAAGGAUCACAACACAACUUCAGAGGAUGCUGGUGUUGUGUGAUUUCCCAAAGAGCUUGUAUGAAAAGUUUGUUAAUUUUUUUCAGUCCAUCUCACUUCCAUGUCACUGUUUUGGCUUCUCAAAUAGCUUGAAUGUUGUGCCAUGGGACCACGUAUUACUGACCACUGUCUUAAAAGGCCAGAACAUCACUGGCCGAAGAACGCAGAAAGGAAGAAAAGUUUUUCUGUGGGAAGCACUCCCUGUAAUUGAGGCUCGAGUGGAGAGAAUGGUAGACAAAAUGAACUAUAAAGAAGUUGUUCGCUACCUGAGAGCUGUGAAAUGCAAUGAUACCAAAGGGUUAAGAGACCUCCGAGAUAAAAUCCCCUUCUAUUUGUGUAAAACUGGGGACUUUCUCGACGCUGCACAUUCGCUGCUGUUUCCUGUCAACAGCCUGGCCUGCUGCACGGCCUGCCGGGUCACGCCGGGGCAGUUCGAGGUCUACCUGAAGAUGUUCAGGACAGGCAGUGUCCCCAUUGGAAAUGAUAUACUAGACUCUGGGCCCUGGAUUACAGCUGGGUCUCCCUUGAAAGAUGGUGUUCUGAUUAAGCAGGCGCUCAAACUCCUUUACAGUAAUGUGUUGCUGUACAGAAAUCCUAAAUGCUGGAGCUCCCUCAUCAUGAUCCUGGGUAGUAGCAGUUUGCUGGAAAAAAGUGGGCACCUCCAUCCCCUAUCACUGAAGGAGCCACCACUUGACUUCCAGAAGGGGGUGCUUGCUGCUGGUGGUGGCCUUUUGGAGGAACUGAAGGCAAAAAUUAAUGUUUCUUUACCACCUGCUAUUUUCUCUCCUCAUUUGCAGCAUGAGGCUUGUCUUAUUCUUGCUGUGCAAGCAAUACAACAGAUGCUUUUCUGUGAUCUUCCGUACUUGACUUCCUUCUUGGAGAUAGCCCUGGCUUUUGGGAAUAACUUUUGGGCUCUGAGGCUGUUAUUGGAACAUCUUUCCUAUGAAGAACACAUUCUCCAUGGCACCGUCAACCUGAUUUUGAGAGAUCUAAAUCGUCAGAAAGCAACAAUGCUAAAACUGUGGGAAAACCUUGGUCCCCAGUACGUGGGGGAAUUCCUUUGCCUGUUCCUGACAUGCAGACAUAAGAAGAUGCAAUCCAUUGGCCUGUUCACUCUGAAUAUUAUUAUGGAGAAUCUGCAUAUGUGUCCAUGGGCAAAACAUCUUUGCAACUUCUUUCACAAUGCAGGAUUAAGGCACCUGCCCCUUGGUGCUGCAGCUCAUCAUGAAGUCUCCAAGUUCAUAAACAUUUUUGAAAAACUGUAAUUUGGCAAAAUCUUCAGGAAUAUUUUUCUUCCAACUUGUCUUAAUCUGAGAAAUCUCUCCCUGGAGUCCCUUUGGUUCUCAUCUCCAAAAAGAUCCAGCUAAAAACUCACUUCAGACAAAUCCAAAGAUAGGAUCCUUGGUUAAGAUGGUGAAGAGUGGCGUUUCAGCAGAUAUGUUUUGGGAAUUUCCUUUCUUGCAGGUCCAUGUAUUAAAGCAGUUGUUUAAAGAGAUGGUGGGUUUCAGUUUCUUUGGUGGUUUUUUUUUAAAAAAAGCUGGUCUAAAGGGAGAUGCUGAUUUGGGGGGAAUGAGGGGAGAAACAUCGAUGAAGCAGGAGGCAGCA